UUGAACGAAUUAAAUACUACUUUUAUUUUCCGUGUUAUUAUUGCGAAUAUUGAGUUCUUUAUAAAAGAACCCACAAGCCAUGUGCAUUAGUUCCUCAAUAAAUUCCACAUUAUACAGAACAAAACCUUCUCUAGCGCCAACAGAGUCCAAAGUUAUACUUAACCUCCACAUGAGGCUACCUUCUUUUCUAUUAAAAGCUUGUUCACAUUCUCUACAUCAAACGCAUAGACACACCAAAAUGUUAUGACUGGUGAUGAUUAAUUUAUUUUCAAAUCAUAAAACUUUUACGAUUCAUAAAAAUAAAUAAACAACAUUUGGUGACUAAAUAUAGCGUUUGAUGAUUUUUUUUAUAGGACCAGUUUUUAAGUCAGAUAAUCGAUUUAAUACGAUUCUAAAUUUAAACCAUAUUUUAACAUGUUUUGGAUGGACUAACUAUUUACAUGCUAAGCUAUAAUACAAAUGAAAACUUAUAAUCCCAAAAACCUAAUUUACAGUAUGCAUGAUUGUUUCAUAAUGUUACUCAUUUCCCUACAUAAAACUUGUGGAUAUGGGGGAUCAAAUGUGAAACUUUUCUCAUCCAUAGGAUUUGAUUUCUUAUUUUAGAAAGCUAUAGUAAACUAAAUUACCGCUUAAACAGAUGAUACGUUAUAUAAUUAACCGGAUAAGGUUACACACUUACACAUCAAAGCAGAAGAAGCAGUUGGGAAAUUAUUAACCAACCUUCCAGCGCCGAUCCAGCGAACUUCGCCGUUUGUCUUAACCAAUCACAAUUCACCAAUAUAAUAAUUAUAACAAUUAAAGCUGAGAAUUUAUUUUUUAUUAUAUAUUUUUCUCAAAAAAAUAUAGUGGUACAAUAUUGCAGAGGUCAAGACUCAUACAGAUGGCGCGCUUGACCUAAAAGAAUUGUAAAUUUGAAAAAGAAAAAUCAUAUUGUUCUUUGGUCAAUAAAUCAUAUUUUAUUGUCUUGUAAUGAAAAUAAAUAGUUGUUUGGUGAGAGGUGGGCAGAUACAAGUGGAUGACGAAGAAUUUUCCAGAAAAAAAAUUGUUCAAUAAGAGAGAGACGACGCCACUUUCUCGGGAAUAUUCAAAGUUUUCUCAUUUGAUUUCUGGGUCCAAAGAAUCAUUCUUUCAAUGUUCUUUUGAAGAAAGCUCACGAGGGUCUCUGUUUUUUAUUCGUGUCUUGAGAGAAGAAGAUGAUGAAGUUGUGGAUGGUGACUUCUCUUGAACUCGCUGAGCUCUUCGUGAGCGCUAUGGUGCAUUUGCUUUACGCGUUCUAUAUAUUCAGCACCGCCGUCGCUGGAGAUAUAUCUAAGAACGUUAAUGAAUACUUUUUCAAGUCAAAUGUGGAUGUCAACGACUACGAUCAAAGUCAAAGCAAUGUCGAAGGUCUGCCUCCUAUUGUGUUGGUUCAUGGGAUCUUUGGUUUUGGCAAAGGGAGAUUAGGAGGCUUAUCAUACUUUGCUGGUGCUGAGAAGAAAGAUGAGAGGGUUCUUGUUCCUGAUUUGGGAUCCUUAACAAGCAUCUAUGAUAGGGCAAGGGAGUUAUUCUAUUACCUAAAAGGAGGACGAGUUGAUUUUGGAGAAGAGCAUAGUGAAGCUUGUGGACAUUCUCGGUUUGGUAGAGACUAUGGACAAGGGCAAUACCCUGAAUGGGAUGAGGAUCAUCCUAUUCAUUUCGUGGGGCAUUCAGCUGGUGCGCAAGUUGUACGCGUGUUGCAGCAAAUGCUUGCAGAUAAGGCGUUUGAAGGGUUUGAAGAAACUAAUGAGAAUUGGGUUCUGAGUGUGACAUCAUUGUCCGGAGCAUUCAAUGGUACUACCAGGACUUACUUAGAUGGCAUGAGGACAGAAGAUGGAAUAAGCAUGAAACCAAUAUCUCUCUUGCAGCUAUGUCGUAUAGGCGUGAUAAUGUACGAUUGGUUGGACAUCUCAUGGUUAAAGACUUACUACAGUUUCGGGUUCGAUCACUUCAACAUGUCUUGGAAGAAAACCGGCUUGAGAGGUCUAGUUGAUUGCCUUGUGGGAAACACAGGUCCUUUUGCUACUGGUGAUUGGAUCUUACCUGAUCUGACGAUCCAAGGCUCCACAAGUCUCAACUCCAAUCUCCAGACGUUCCCAAACACUUACUACUUCAGCUACGCGACUAAACGCACACGCAGAAUCAUGGGCAUGACUAUUCCUUCAGGUGUUCUUGGCAUCCACCCUAUGCUCUUCCUCCGCGUCUUUCAGAUGAGCCAAUGGAGGUUCCCGCAAGAUGUUUCUCCUCCCUAUAAAGGCUACAGGGAUGAGGAGUGGCAAGAGAACGACGGGGCAAUGAACACAAUAUCAAUGACGCAUCCGAGGCUACCGGUGGAGCAUCCAAGCCGGUUCAUAAGGAGCGACUCUGAGUGCCAAACGUUACAACCUGGAAUAUGGUAUUAUAAGAUAGUGGAAGCAGAUCACAUAACGUUCAUAGUGAAUAGAGAGAGAGCUGGAGUGCAGUUUGAUCUAAUAUACGACAGUAUCUUCCAACGUUGCAGGAAACAUGUUUUUAGAAAGAUUCCUCAGACUCUUCCUAAUCAAUCUCCGCGUGCUCCUCGCUCUCCUCGUUGAUAGCCUAAAAACAGUAGCUUUGACUACAUUGACGUUGAGCCUUGAUUCUUUAGCAAUUCAUUAAUAUAGGAUAUAUAUCCAUUUUUCUUAUUCUCUUGUUUUUCUAUACUAGUGUAAACAUCUGCAUUUCAUUUAAAAUUUAUAAAUGAAUCAGAUUAUUUUCUAUCUGUCUUUUAUUCGUGUCAAAUGAUGAUAAUCUACUGUAUAAAGUCUAUGGUUAGGAAUUCAAAAUGCGUUUACUAUAAACUCUCCUUUUAUAUUAUUUAAUAACCCGCGUGAGUUCUUAUAAUAAUGUUUGUUUAUGAAAUGAUUUUAACAUUUUGCAAUACUAUAAUUUUUAUCGAUUAUAAAAUGAUGAAUACAAAUGUUGGUCUGUUAAAUAUAUCAUUGUUGUUUAAGAGUUAACGUAUUACAUCUCAUUUUAAAUAUUCUUAAGACUUCAUAUACACAAAAGGAAAAAAGGUUUGCGCUGACACAAAUCACCAAAACCAAAUAUCAUCAAUUCUUUUCACAAUUCUUAAUUUAUGAUUAUCGAAGUAUCAAUGAUAUCACAUUUUAAUUGUUUGAUUUGAGCUUCUAUAUUUUUUCAAUGUGUACCAAAUAUUUAUAGUUAGUUAAUUAUUCUAUAUUUAGAAAAACAUAAAUACCAAAUAUAUUUUGAGCACAAGAACACAUGUAUUCAAAAAUCAUCAAAUUUUACAAUAUGAAAACAUAAUUUUUUAAUAAAUAUUUCACUAUGCGCAAGGCGCAAGUAUUUUCCUGGUAAAUGAAGUAAAUGCAUAGACUGGCAAGUCAAAUUUGUUUUGCUUGAGUAGCAAAACCGCGAAUAAACUAAAUUAUAAUACUAUAUCCACAUACAUUCCGCUGAAAUUUAUGAGUAACUUCAAAAAAAUACUUGUUGAUUGAAUAUAUACUUUCAUCAUCGAUUCUAUUAAAAUAGCAACAUAAUCUAUUGAUAUAGGUGUGGUCCAACUAUUUUAAUACAAUUAUUAAAAUCUCUUAUUAAUCAUUUAAUAGAAAUAUUAUACAGAAAAACACAAAUAUGACCUAAAAACAUAAAUAUAAAAAUUAAAUUUUUAAAAAAAUGUAAAACAAAAAAAUAUACCCUUUCUUAAAACAAAAUCUAGUGGAAGCUUAACCUUGAAGAGCAGAAGCUAUGGAACCAUAGGCAGGCUCAGUACUUCAAAAGGAGGUUUGUUCAUAACCUCUUUCACUGUCAAUCCACACGAGUCCGUGAUCCAUAAAUAGCUCAGACCUUCUGUGGGAUCACCUGCAAACCAGAAAAGACAAAUACAAAGGUUUUUUCUGUAAUGACUCGGUUUAGAUUGAAUCAUAACAACAUUUGUCUAAUGGUUGUAAACUUUGUUGUCAAAUCUUGAAACGUUUCCAUGAACUCUUGGGGGGGGAAUAUGCCGUGUGUUACACAUUCGCUUAUUCCCGGUGCUCCGUGUGCAGCUAAGACUUUCCGAAGGGGCACAAGAACGAGUGGUGAGUUAUGAACGAAGUGAGAAUUAGAGUUAUACUUUUUGAUAAGGUGAAUCUGAGUAGAGAACCUGGCAUUCGUGCCACCCGACUGAACCAAAUCAUCGACGUGCCUUCCUUGAGCAAACAAUCUGAAUGACAAAGGGGACUACUGGCUAACCAUCGGUUAGAGUUUAAUUCGUACGUAACUCCAAGCUCAAGGCCCAAAAUGAUAAGCCCAAACAAUCGAGCUUUAAAACUUUCAACAAUAACUUUUUUGAUCAAAAACUGCUGCAUGCGCUCAUCUGAUAUAUUUUUUUAUAAAAAUUCUCAUUGAAUUAAUUUUAUUUUUUGAUUGACAGUAGAAAAUAAAUAAAUAAAUUUCAAUCAUAUAUUAUAAAUUUUGGGAUAAACAGAAAGUUUUUUCAUUUGGAUAUCUACUAAAUUAGGUACCUAUACCUACUUUAAAGUUACAUAAUGGGUUUUUUUUUAAUUCAGAUUUUUCGAAUGCAUUUAUCUAAAUAGGAAUUGUCUUGGCUGAAAUAUACAUGCAUGACAAAAAACAUGGAAGCAUACAAGGAAUGCACAAUUGCUUAAAAUAAACAACAAAAGAAUAUGUUUUUGAAUAUGGUUUCGUCCAAAAAUAUUUAUAUUAAACACAAAAGAUACAAAGUUGGAUAAAAAUAACGUUCUAGCCACAUCUCAUCUUCUUACAAUUCUGUUUCAUCUUCUUACAAAGCAGGUAACUGCAAAAGGCUGCCCAAUUAUUUUAAUGAAUUUGUCUGCACUUUAGCCACAUCUCCAAAGCCCAAUUGCAUGUUAAUGAAGUUUAUGAGAUGGAUUUUCUUACAUAAUGAAACUAUGCAUUCUCUAAAUAGCAAUUGUUAAUUUGGUAAAAUAUACAUGCAUAACAAAAACAAAAUUAUGGAAUCAUACUAGGAACGCACAAUUGCUUAAAUAAAACAACAACGUACGACCAUUGGUCAUUUCACAAACUGUUUUUGUUCUUCUAAAGAAUAUUUAUUUUAAACCUAAAAAAGAUAUAAAAGUAUAACCCAAAGUCGGAUAAAAAUCUAACGUUUUAGCAAAACUUUUGAGUAUGGUUAUGACUUAAUUGAAGUACCAAUAAAACUCGAUUUAAAUGAUUGCAUGUGACCAAAAGAUGCGGAACCAACCAUUUUGCUCUGUAUAUGAUCCAUUUACUAAACUUUCAGAAUGGCUACACUUGCAUUUUACAAAUUAUACAACAUGCCUUUACUUUAUUUUCUUUCAGAAAAUAACACAAAAAAGGAACAACUGUCAUUUCAAACAAACAUGAGAAUCUAGCAACUUUAUUUUUCCACGAGUGCGAUGAUGCAGCACCAAACUUUUAACGGCUUAAACCGAAUCCUUUCUUUGACAAAAAGGGAAGAAAGUGGGAAAAUUUGAAUUGGACUAUGACUUGGACCAAACAUAUAAAGAUACCACAUCAUUAUCCAAUAGUCAUCAUCACCUCCACCUUUAAAUAAUUAAAUCACCAUCCGAGUAUGUGCACGUAUCUAUAUAUAGUAGCCCUUGAAGAUAGAGAUUUCACCCACUAAUCUUAAAAAUAUAAAAACCUCCAUAAAGAAAAUCCUCAAGGGAAUGAGAAACAUUUUCUUAGCCGGAGAGGCACCGCCGGAUAAGAUGCGGAAGAAGCUAUUCAAGGAGGAGACAGAGGGACCUCAGUUUGAAACACUUCCACAACAGUUUGUUUAGCUUUGGCCAUGAGAAGCAAGGAGACAACAAAGAAGAAGUGUGUCUUAUUAUGGUAAUGGCAAAAACGGCAAGUCAUAUAUCGGCAUCAGGCUCGUGUGUUUCGAGUUCUAUUUUGAUUUAAUAUCGGUUGUAAUAUAGAUCUUGAGUUUUUUCUUGGUUUAGUUUCUACCGUAUGAAAUCAUCUUUGAUACUACUUUGUACCAGUAAGAAAUAUUAUUGUGAUAUAGAUCGUCUUGUGUGUGUGUUUC